AUGAUUGCAUAUACCCAAGAUGUCAAAAGCUCUUUACCCCACCUAUACGAUCCUUUCAGUUUGGUGCCCUACCAGGAUGAUCGUUGCCAAGUAGCAAGCUCUCGCAAAUGUUUUCAGGAAGAUGAAUCGAAAGUCCAAGUCGACUGGACGGAUAGCGAUUCAGAACACCGCGUAACCAGAAGCACAUUCACCUCAUUGGGCGAAUUACAAGCACAUCAAAAGAGCGCUUCCACAGAGCCGAACGGACUGCGCUUUAUAUCUAUCAAUCAAGUGAACUCAUGGAGACCCUUAAAUGUUACCAAGGAGAUGUUCGAGGAAGUAGGAAAAUUAACUCGAUCUUCACAUGUGCUGCAUAAUCUAUCACUUUCUUUCCACGACAAGUUUAUGGCUACCGAAGCGGCCUUUAGCAGUGCACCCACGUUUAUUUGGAACGAGCAAUGUAUAGAGGUCGCGUAUAUAUUAAAGUAUGCCUUUCAAAAGAGCAACAAUGACAAGCCCGAUUCCUGGACUGUGCGCCAAACGGGUGUCUAUCAAAAAUAUGACACUGCAAGGAAUCAUUCCACAUGGAUAUUCUUGAAUCCAACCAAAGACUGCCUCUUCCAGCAGCGGCUGAUGGAGAUCCUUAUGUCUCCGUUCCAGUGCUCGCAGUUGAUGUCGCAUCCACUUCUAAUUCAUAAUCUUCUCUUUGCUACAUUUUUUCCGACCUGGAGGGAAUAUAUAGGCUCACAUGAGGCCACAGUUUUGACGGUCUCUAACACGACUAUGACAGAACGCAUCCAAGACCCCCUCAGGGUCAACCAUCAUAUGCUGACCUCCAUUCGCUCCGUGGAAUCCCGGUGUCUCCCGCUGCAAGCUCUCUUUCGCUCCUUUGACAAGACACUACUGAUCUUGCAUAAAGCCAACAAUGCAUUAAGGGAUUGCGGUAGUGUGCAGCAUCUACCGUGGCACAAAAUGGAUCAGCUGCUCGAUAACUAUGAAAGCCAUGCCGACGCCUACUUGCAGGCCGCAUCAUUCCUUCAAAGUCGGGCGGCAACCAUGGCCCAGCUCAUUGCAGACACCUUCUCGUUCAAGAAUUCUCAUACAGCACAGGAGCAAUCCGACUAUAUGUUGGACCUCACUUCAUCCACAGUUGACGAUUCAUCAACUGUCCGCGUUAUCACUGUUGUAACGCUCAUUUAUCUUCCAUCCACUUUCAUGGCAACACUCCUCGGAAUGAACUCAUUCUUUGAGAUGGACCCUGAAACCCACAAGCUCAUUGUAUCUCCGCAGUUUUGGAUAUUCGUCGUGUGCGCUGUGCCCCUAACGGCCGUGACAGUGCUAUAUUGGUGGGUGCGGAGCAAACGUCACCCGAAGCAUGCGAAGGGGAAGGUUGAAUUGCUAGCAUAGGGCGUUAUCCAGUCACUAGAUUAGAUAUUGUUGGCGUGCAUUUGAUGUGAAACACAAGCGUGGCGUUAUUU